AUGUCGACAGAUGUAAUGAAUAUUCCAACUGGUACUGCAAGUAGUGAUGAUCUUAGUGAUCAGCGUGGCAAUAAUGAUAAUGAAUUACGUGAAUUAGUUUAUCAAGCUCUUGAACGUGACGGUUUAAUAUCUCAUUUAAAAGCUCAAUUACGUGCAGCUGUAUUUAAAACAAUUGAAAAAGCAACAAAUCCUAUUGGUAUAAAUUCACAUUUAUCUUCAGACAAUGGAAUGACUGGACGUAUUUGUCGUGCACUUGUACUUGAUUGGCUUGAACAUUCACAUUUAUUAUAUACAGAAGAUGUAUUUAAAGUUGAAACAUCUGGUUCAAAUCAUCCAGUACCAUUAACACAUACUGAAUUACUUGAACAACUUCAUAUUAACUCAAAUCAAAUUAAAACACAGCCUAUUUUACAUGUUUUACUUGAUCAUAGUACAAAUCGUCCUGCUAAUAUUAUUAAUUCUCUUCCUGAUCAUAUUAAACAAUCAAUUGAUAAUCAAUUUCCAAAUGAAAAAAUCAAUGAUUUGAAUCGUAUACGUAAUCAUUUUCGUUCAUUGUUUUCAUCAUCAUUCGAUUCAAGUGUACUAGAUACAUUUAUUAAUAAAAAUAUUCCUUCAUCAACAAAUUCUCUUUCGAAACAUGAUUAUGAACAAAUUUGUCUUAGAUGGAUGCAAGGAUGUGCUAAUGCAUUAAAACCACCAUCAAUUCCUAUACAACAAGUUUCAUCUAUAGCCUCAACACAAUUAUUAACCUCGAGGAAUACGGCUAACAAUAAUCAAGUGUCAACUCCAAUUCGUCGUACGGCAUCUCCACCAACAGACUCUAUAUCCUCCUCAUCAUCAUCAGAAAAUCCACGAAAACUUGCUUAUGACUUUCCAUUACCAACGACAAUGAAUUCACAGCAAAAUGUCAUUAAAAAAGCUGCUGAUAUUGUUCCACCAUCAUUAAUUAAUUUUGAUGAAAGUGAUAAUAGUGAUGAACAAGAGGAAGACGGAUCAACUUCAAUAUUUUCUAAUCGUAAUGCAACACCAGCUGCAUUGGAACGUUUAAAAACUAUUGAUAAUAUUAUGCAAGGCAAUGAAACACCACGUACAAGAACAAUUCCUAAAAAACCAUUAAACAAUGGAACUAAAGAUCUUCCAAUUGAAUAUGAUGACGAAAGUAUGAGCCAUAGUGUUAGUCAUAGUAUAAUUAGUAGUAUGGAUGAUAUUACGGUUGAUAAAGCAUCACCAUCUCCAUCGACUAAUAUUGAUUAUUUAGAAGAUUUCUAA